ACCUUUUUUCUUUCCCCUUGGUUUCAAUAGAGAGCGAGCAAGGGAUAUUUGAAGAAGUAUUACAUGGUGACCUAGACUUUUCAACAGACCCAUGGCCUAGUAUUUCUGAAGGUGCCAAAGAUUUAGUAAGGAAAAUGCUUAUUCGAGAUCCCAAAAGGCGGAUAUCUGCACAUGAUGUUUUGUGCCAUCCCUGGGUUCAAGUUGGUGGUGUGGCUCUUGACUAGCCUCUCGAUUCUGCAAUAUUAAGUCGAUUGAAGCAAUUCUCUGCAAUGAACAAGCUCAAGAAAAUGGCUAUUAGAGUAAUUGCAGAGAGCUUAUCUGAAGAAGAAAUUACUGGCCUAAAAGAAAUGUUCAAAAUGAUAGACACUAACAGUAGUGGUCAAAUCACUUUUGAAGAACUUAAGGCUGGUUUGAAAAGAUUUGGAGCUAAUCUUAAGGAAUCUGAAAUUUAUGAUUUAAUGCAAGCAGCAGAUGUAGAUAACAGUGGAACAAUUGAUUAUGGAGAGUUUGUAGCAACCACUUUGCAUUUAAACAAAAUUGAGAGAGAAGAUCAUUUGUUCGCGGCAUUUUCCUACUUCGAUAAAGAUGGAAGUGGCUACAUUACUCAAGACGAGCUUCAACAUGCUUGUGAGGAGUUUCGUGUAGAGGACGUCCGACUAGAAGAAAUGAUGCAAGAAGUUGAUCAGGAUAAUGUGAGUAUUUCUUGAUAUGGCUAUCACUUCUAUUUGUUUCAUCUCCAAGACCUUACUGUUU